AUGAUGGGCGACUGCGUGACGCCCAGGCACAGUGCAGUCAUGGAGCGGUUACGUCGGCGCAUCGAGUUGUUUCGGCAGCACCACAACAGCUGCGAGUCGCGGUACGAUCGCGCCUCACUUGAGCGCCUGGAGCUGGACCGGCAGCAGACCUACGCCUUACACCAGCGCUGCCUCCAAGCCAAAGCCAAGAGGAGCAGCAAGCAGAGGCAGAGCCAGCCCAGUGCCGGGGAGGCAGCGGGGGGCCGAGGCUCUGAGGGGGGAGAGGGGCCGGAGCAGAGCCGUAACACCACACUCAUCGCGCUUCAGGAAACCGUUAAACGUAAAAUCGAGCGGGCUGGCUCCCCACUGGGGCGGGACCAGGUGAACGGCUUUGGAGAAGGGUUCCCUCCACACAAAAAGCAGUGCCUGGACAACCGUGCCACCAACGGAUCGCCCCUGGACUCAAAAAUAAGCCUGACGGACUCCAUAAGUGCCAACGGGAAACACGAGAGCAAAGAUGGAGAUUCAGCAGUGGACUUCCACCCCAAAGAGAUGAAACAGGAGCCGGACGACAUCCUCCCCAUCAUGGCCCCCUCUGGUGGCCCUCACUCAGCCAGCCUGUUCCCUGACCUCAACCUGAACGAGCAGGAGUGGAGCGAACUCAUGGAAGAGCUCAACUGCUCCGUGGCCUACGAGGACAUCCAAGACAUCCUCAACGACGACUUUGAGGACCGCAAGGACCCGCUGGAGCUGACCCCAGGAGCCCCCGAGCCCCAGGCUGGUCCAGGGGCCACGGGAGGGACUGGAUCAGGGAGAUUGGGCGGUUCUACUCUAGUGCCCCCAGAUCUGGCCACAGUCAAAGCAGAGUACUCCCCAGCUUCUUUGGACUCUCACUCUCCGCUGUUGACCAUGCGCUCCUCUGCCCCCACCUCAUCCUCGGCAGUGCCUCCCUCCGCCCCCCCUCCCUCCUCCACCUCUCCGGCCCUGCACCCCCAGUCCCAUCAGCCCCAGAGGCCCCACAGUCUGCUGCAGUCUAAGGACCUGUCCCCGGCGCAGCAGCUGCAGCAGCUGGCUGCGCAGCAGAGGCAGCACCUCCACCCCACUAUGCAGCACAAACCCAACCAGCCCCCCAACAAGUUCCACCCUCAGAACCAACACCCGCACCCCCAGGCCUGGUCGCAGAUGGGAAGCACGGCCCAGAGCCCCAUCUCUGGAGCCUCCAGCAGCCCGGCCGUGUACCAGCAGGACAUCAUGUUUACUACGAACCAGAACCAGCUACUGCUGCCCUCCCAGCCAGGGAAAGGCUCUCCGAAGGCCAACACGUUCCACCAGGGAGGUCCCCAGCUGAUGGGACACUCUUUGGGCCACCCUCCAGCACCUGGCCCUCCUCAGCAGCAGCAGCAGCAGCCUGGAGCUCAGCUGAACUACAACAACACCAAACCUCUGUCCCACUACGAGGCCAGGGCUCCGAGCACUGGUGACCAGACCAAGAACCAGCUCAUGACGCUCUUACGACAGCAGCAGCAGCAACAACAACAGCAACUGCAGCAGCAGCACCUCAAGCAGAAGGCCACAGGCCAUGGCUACAGGCCACACCCUCAGCAUCCACAGCACCCACAGGAGCAGAGCAGUUUUGGGACCUCUCUCCAGCAGCAGCAACAGCAGCAGCAGCAACAGCAGCAACAGCAGCAGCCUGGUCCAGGGGGCACUGCUCUGGGGACAAACUCGGCCAUGGGGGCUAACCACACUAACCCUGCAGCAGCUCUGGGAGGAAGUGCAGCCUAUAUGAACAGCCAGCAGAUGGCAGCAGCGCUCAAGCAGCAGCAGCAACGGCAGCAACAGCAGCAGUAUUUACAGAGGCAGCAUAUGAUGGAACAGGAGAAACAGCGGCAGCAGCAAGACCAACAGCUCAAGCGGCAUCUGUCCCGACCUCCUCCGCAGUAUCAGGACCAGAGCGGACCUCCCCCCACUCAGAACACCUUCAGCCAGCAGCAGUUCACCGCUUCUGCCGCAUCGAUGGCAGCCGUGGCAUCUCUCGGCUCUGCCAACUCCGCUUCCCGGAUGUUCGCUCCACCCCAGGGCAUGAUGGGAAUGGGCAGCGGCCCUGUAGCUCCGCCCCCCAACCCCCAGCAGCCCGCCGCGCCUCCUCAAGCCGACAUGCUAGCGGCUAACGGGAUGUAUGGCGGCGCGGGCAUGACUGCGCAGCAACAACGCCAGCAGCAGCUCUACCGCCAGACCAUGAUGAUGAAGACGCAGAACAACGCCGCCAUUUUGAAACAGCAGCAGCUCGGCGCGCGGCUCCCGGGUCAAAUGUCCGCCGCCAACAACCACCCGGUGCCGCAAAACGUCCCGUGGAACCCACAGAUGGCCAACUCGCAACUUGCCGCCAACCACAGCACGCAGCUGGCCGGACAACAGCAGAUGCAACUCGGCAACUUUAGCAGCGCUGCUCAGAACGCUUUCCAGUUACAGCAGCAGCAGCAGCGAUUACCCAAAAUGCAGCAGUUCUCCAUCCCCAACCGACAGCAGCAGCAGCUCAACGCCAUAAACCCAGGGCAACAGAUGAUGCAGCGCGCGCCCGCCUCGCAGCAGGACCUGAGCGCGUCGUUCGGACAGGCAGGCGGAGGGGCCAGCAGCGGGGCCACCAGGAGUUUAGCAGGAGCUGGACUGCAGUGUAAUUACAGCGGUGCGAGCAGGGUGACGGCGGCGCAAGCUCAGCAGCUCUCGUGCGGCUACAACGUGGCACAGGGGAGCUUCGCAGAGGAGAGCGAGCUGGUGGAGUCGCUGCUCAAAGGACAGAGCAGUCAGGAGUGGAUGGACGACUUGGACGAGCUACUCGCUGGACACCACUGA